AUGGCCUAUAUUUACCGUUUCGCAGCUCUUCUCGUUCUCCUCUCCGCCACAGCCGGCUUCUCCUCCGCCAUGAAGAUCGAGCUGCCUCCCUUGAAAGCAAACAUCAGUCUCAAUAUCAGCAAUUCAGUAAACAAAAACAUCAUUCUAAAUUACAGCCUUUCAGUAAACAAAAAUAAUAUCAAUCUCAAUAUCGUUUGGUACGGAAAAUUCACACCAAUCCAACGGUCUGCCAUCGUCGACUUCAUCCGUUCUAUCAACUACACCGAAACCGCCGCAAAAGGUCCCUCUGUCGCAUCAUGGUGGAAGACGACGGAGAAGUACAAAGACGGAGCGUCAACGAUAGUCGUCGGUAAACAGCUCCUCCUCGAGGACUACCCUCUUGGAAAAUCCUUAAAAGAUCCUCACCUCAAAGCUCUGUCAAGCAAACUUAGCGGAGGCGGUGUUGGCUCGUUAACCGCCGUUUUAACGGCGAAAGACGUCACCGUUGAGGGGUUUUGCACGAACCGGUGCGGGAGUCACGGGUCGAAGUCAAGCUCCGUUGACGGUGGAGCUUACGUCUGGGUCGGAAACCCUGAAAAGCAGUGUCCUGGCUACUGUGCUCGGCCGUUUCAUCAGCCGUUAAACGGACCUCACUCUCCUCCGUUGAUUGCACCUAACGGUGACGUCGGAGUUGACGGAAUGAUUAUUCACCUCGCGACGCUACUGGCUAACACCGCCACGAACACGUUUAAAAGUGGUAACGUUAAUGGUGGGGAUCAAGAACCCGCCUCGUACUGUGUCGACAGGUUCGGGUCUGGUGCUUACCCGGGUUACGCGGGUCGUGUUCUAGUGGACAAGACUACCGGAGCGAGUUACAACGCUUUGGGUCUCGCCGGAAAGAAAUAUCUUUUACCUGCGAUGUGGGACCCUCAGGCUGGAGAGUGUAGAACUUUGGUUUAA